CUGGACCUAAACACAGUAAACAGACGCCUCUCUCUGUCUGAGGAGAACAGAAAGGUGACAUGUAGGAGAGAGAAGCAGCCGUAUCCUGAUCACCCAGAGAGAUUUAAGGUCUGUAGACAGGUGCUGUGUAGAGAGGGUCUGACUGGGCGCUGUUACUGGGAGGUAGAGUGGAGUGGGAUAAUGGGGGCUGGUAUAGGAGUGACAUAUAAAGGAAUCAACAGGAGAGGAAGGGAUGAUGACUGUUGGCUUGGAUACAAUGACAAGUCCUGGAGUCUGUUCUGCUCUGACAACAGUUACUCUGCCAGGCAUAAUAAUAAUCCCACUACCAUAGACGUCCCCUCCUCCAGCUCCCACAGAGUAGGAGUGUAUCUGGACUGGCCAGCCGGCACUCUGUCCUUCUAUAGAGCCUCCUCUGACACACUGACCCACCUGAUCACAUUCACCUCCACAUUCACUGAGCCCCUCUACCCAGGGUUUAGGCUUUGGUAUGACACCUCAGUGUCUCUGUGUCAAACACAACAUGAUGUUUCACUCUAAUCAGGGUCAUGUUCAGUAAGACACACUGGAGCAACAAUGUAGAAUAUCUCUCUAGUCAUGAGAUAAAAUGUUAUUAUUAUAUCUAAAUAUUCAUGAUUAUACACCACCUAAGUGAAUAGUCAUUAAUAGAAUGAAUUACCCCACUGUGUUGUUAAACUGGUUUCAUUUACACAUCACUGAUCUGGUUGUUAUUGGGUUUGUAAAUAUUGUAGCGUCCCAGGUUCCCAGACAGGUUAAUAUAAUCAAUCACCCCACUGUGUUGUUAAACUGGUUUCAUUUACACAUCACUGAUCUGGUUGUUAUUUUGCUUCUUAGUGUUUGUAAAUAUUGUAGAAUGUUUAUUUGUCAAAUUCUUGACACAACAAUCUGGUUUGUGUAUAAACUCAAUUCAACUGAAUGAAAUGAUGUGCCAGAUGUGACUAAUAAAGGGUCAUCAACCAGAUGGAAGAAGAGAGGUGGAAAUGUUUUAAUAUUGAUCACAAUAUGACAGUACAGUAAUAGAUGGAAGAAGAGAGGUGGAAAUGUUUUAAUAUUGAUCA